AUGGAUAAGUCAUGGAUGCACUCGGAUAGAAGAUCGAAGGCAUAUGAGUUAGGGGUGGAAGCAUUUUUGAACUUUUCUGUAGAAAAUCUUCUAACUACCACACAUAUCCGUUGUCCAUGUGUUAAAUGUGUUAAUUUGAAAUUGUUUGGGGUUGGAAUUAUAAGGGAUCACUUAUACUUUAAUGGAGUUGACCAAAGCUAUAAGAAUUGGACAUUUCACGGAGAACCUUGGGAAGCAGCUACUAAUGCUAGUAGAAAUGUUGAAGAAGAUGAUGACCAUAGUAGGUACAGUUUUGUGUCUGAAGAAAUAGAGAUGGAUGAUAAUGAUUUUGGUGAUUUUGGAUCUGAUCCUUAUGAGUUUGCCAAUGUGAUUGGGGAUGGAGAUCAACCAUUGUACCCUGGUUGUAGAAAGUACACGAAGUUAUCGGCAUUAGUGAAGUUGUAUAAUUUGAAGGCAAAAUAUGGGAUGAGUGAUGUCUGUUUUACAGAAUUAUUGAUACUUCAAGGCGAUUUGCUUCCAGAAGGAAAUACAAUACCGGCCUCUAUGUAUGAGGCAAAAAAGACUUUGUGUGCAUUGGGGCUGAGUUAUGAGAAAAUGCACGCAUGCCCCAAUGAUUGCAUCUUGUAUAGGAAGGAGUAUGAGGAUUUAACUCAUUGUCCUAAUUGUGGUAUCUCAAGGUGGAAGGAAGGCAAAGAUUCAAUCUUGAAAGAGGGUGUGCCAGCGAAGGUGGUGUGGUAUUUUCCUCCAAUUCCAAGGUUUAAAAGGAUGUUUCGAUCACAUGAGACCGCUAAGAGUUUGACUUGGCAUGCUGCUAGAAAAUCAAUUGACGGUUAUAUGUCUCAUCCAGCGGAUUCCCCGUCUUGGAAACUUCUUGAUGAUAAAUGGCCCGAGUUUGGUAAUGAGCCGAGAAACUUGAGAUUGGCUCUUUCAUCUGAUGGAUUCAAUCCCCACAGUUCUCUAAGUAGCAGAUAUAGUUGCUGGCCAGUUAUCUUAGUUACAUAUAAUCUCCCUCCAUGGCUGUGCAUGAAACGAAAGUUCAUGAUGUUGACCUUAUUGAUUUCCGGUCCUAAACAGCCCGGAAAUGAUAUAGACGUCUACUUGGAGCCUUUGAUUGAUGAUUUAAAAUCUUUGUGGGAUGGGAUUGGAGGAGUGUAUGAUGCACAUAAUGGAGAAUACUUUACACUCAGAGCUGCAUUAAUGUGGACAAUUAAUGAUUUCCCCGCCUAUGGAAACUUAUCUGGUUGUGUUGUUAAAGGAUAUAAAGCUUGUCCAAUAUGCGGCGAUGAUACACCUAGUCACAGGUUGAAAAAUGGCCACAAAAUUUGUUACAUUGGGCAUAGAAAAUGGUUACCGAUCAAUCAUCCAUAUAGGAGGCAACGUGCAGCUUUUAAUGGGAAACCUGAAUAUGGCACGCCUCCUGAGCCAUUAACCGGAGAAGAAGUGCUGCAUAUGGUUGAAGAUGGUGACAGAGUUUGUUGGAAGAAGAAAUCAAUAUUCUUUGAUCUCGAGUAUUGGAAAUACCUUCCUGUGAGGCAUGUCCUAGAUGUUAUGCACAUUGAGAAGAAUGUUUGCGAUAGUAUCAUUGGUACAUUGCUGGAGAUCCCUGGAAAAAAUAAAGAUGGGAUUGCUGCUCGAUUAGAUUUAUUGAACAUGGGGGUCAAAACUGAUUUGCAACCCGAGUAUGGAGAAAGACGUACUCGUUUGCCUCCCGGGCCUUGGAAUUUGUCAAGAGCAGAGAAGAGAGAGGUUUGCAAUUCUUUCUAUGGUAUGAAGGUCCCUGAAGAUUGUCAUACCUUAAUGCAACAAUUGCUCCCUGUGGCAAUUCGUUCUGUUUUGGAAAGCCUGCAAGCUAUAUGUGCAAAGACUGUUGAUGUUUCCAAGCUAGAUAAGUUGGAAGAAGAUGUAGUAGUUACUUUGUGUUUGCUUGAGAAGUACUUUCCCCCUUCAUUCUUUGAUAUCAUGGUUCAUCUAGUAGUACAUCUUGUCAGAGAAGUUCGUCUGUGUGGGCCAGUAUAUUUUAGAUGGAUGUAUCCGUUUGAAAGAUAUAUGAAAGUGCUAAAGGGGUAUGUUCAGAAUCGUACUCGUCCCGAAGGUUGCAUUGCUGAGCGGUAUAUAGCUGAAGAAGCUGUAGAGUUUUGUACCGAGCAUUUAUCUGAUGUUAGUACAGUUGGAGUGCCUUCAAGCCAAAAGAUGGGAGUUUCAAAGCCAUUAUCAGGUUGCACAGUGAGCGUAGUUGAUCGGGACCUGUUGAACCAAGCACAUCUAUAUGUCUUGGAGAAUACGGAGGAAGUCCUACCUUAUAUCGAGCAACAUAUGAUCCACAUCCAGACCGCUUAUCCAAAAUUUAGAAAGAGAACAAAGUGGCUGCAGGAUAAGCACAAUAGCACUUUCAUUCAAUGGCUACGCUUCAAGGUUCAAAGUGAACUUAAUGAGGAAGACAAUCAUGGCGUAUCAGAAAAUUUAAGGUGGCUAGCAGCUGGUCCAAACAUGGCAGUGCCAUUAUAUAGGAGCUAUCUCAUUAAAGGUAUUAAAUUCAACAUCAAGGCACAAGAUGAUGUGCGGACAACUCAAAAUAGUGGAGUUUAUUUACUUGCACAUACUAUGCAAGUUGCUAGUGCCAAGGAUAAAAACCCAAUUCUCUCAAAUAUGGGUUUCUAUGGUGUCAUUCAAGAAAUUUGGGACCUUGACUACCAAAAGUUUACAAUCCCAGUCUUUAGGUGUGAUUGGAUUGAUAAUACUUCUGGUCUUGUAGUGGACGAACUUGGAUUUACCCUUGUAGAUUUGAGUAAAAUUGGACAUAGGAAUGACCAAUUUGUUUUGGCUUCUCAAGUCAAACAAGUAUUUUUUGUUGACGACCCGAUGCAUCGUGGUUGGUCGGUAGUGUUAUCAAUGCCUAAUAGAGAAUAUAAUGAUGUUAUUGGUGAUGAUGUCUUAGGUGAUGUGAGAAUUGAGUGUGAGCCAUUUACUAGGGGGAUGCCAAAUGUUGACACAUUUGAUGAAGUGGUGGUUGAGUUAGGGAGUCAAAAUAUUCGAGAUGGGUGUGAAGAUAUAUGGGUUGAAUGA